AUGAUUCAGACCAUCAAUUAUCCUGAUUAAAAUUUUGAUGAUUAAUAAUUACUUCAAACUCUCAAAAAUUAGAGAAUAGCUAUUAUAGGAGCUAUGAAUGAAAAAUAAAAACUUAAAAAUAAUAAUCAAAUUGUACAUUUAACACUUAUUAAUCUAAUCAUAUCAUUUAUUUUUGCAUACCUUAUAAUCUAAGAGUUACCUAUUGAUAAAUUUUAUGAAGAUUUGAAUUCAGCCUAUACAGUUAUUAAAGUAUUACAAAAAUAAGUUACUUAAUAAGUAAUAACUUAAAUUACUGAAAAAUCGGAUAGUGAUACUUGUUUAUCAUCUAUUGGUUAUUUCCCUGGAACUAAUAGAGGUUGUAUUUGUCCAAAUAUGUAAACAUCUAAUCAAUAGUGUCUUAAACCCUGUCAAAUUGUUGAUACUACAGCUUAACAGAAACUUUAUAUUAUUGAUGGAAAAUAAUAUUGUAUUGUUUAUGAGGAUUCAAAUGGCUAAAAUGGUUUAAAUCAUGUUCAAGAAAUCGAUAUUCGUGAUGAUGGAGUUUAAUUUAUUAGUCAUAAAUAUUCAUUCUCUAGAAAAGAUGAUUAAUAAGUUGGUGAUUUUUAUAAACUUAUUAUUGCCCCUGAUAAACCCUGUUUUAAUACAGCUUUAGGUCCUAAUAAAUAAUCUAGAUUAACUUAUCCAUUUUCUACUAUUUAAUAUAUUGGCUGUGAUCGUUAUUCCACUUGGAAAGAUGAUGCUAUUUUAUUAGCUGAAACUACUUAAGGUUAAUUAUUAGAUCAAAAUAAUAUCUUUACUUCCAACUUACCUUAUUUUGAUAAGUAUCACAAUGAUGAUGAUCCUAUGAAGAUCUUCAUCUUAAGAAAACUGUAUAUAAAUCAAGGAGAAGAAUGCUAAUAAGCUAUUGGAUAUAAAUUUUCAUAAUGCUAUAUUUCUUGUCUUUUCAUUUAAGUUUUUUAACUUGUUGUUUGCUAUUUUUCAUUUAUUUUAUUUACUAUUGGAUUCAUAUUUUUUAUCAUUAUCAAAAUUGGAGUUGAAUUUAAAACUAAAUCUAAAUCAAAAAACUUUAAUCAAUUAAAAGUCACUUAUAAAGUAAAAUUAAAUGAAAUACUUGAAAAAAGUAUUGUGAUUUUAGGUAUUCUUAUGGCAAUAGUAGUUAUCUUGUCAUAAUUUGUAUUCUAGUAUGGAUUAAAUAAUGAAGAAGGUUUAAAAAAAACAGCAUAAUACACAUAAUAACUAUUGAAUAAAACAUGCUUUUAAAAUUAAGGAAUUUUGAAAGCUAUCUAGGUUGUUUAAAAUGCUGUUACCAGUUGUACUCAAAAUAUUUAUAAUUAUGCUAUACUAUGGAUGAUUAUUGAAAUAAUAUACUUGAUAAUUGGUUACAUUAUAUUAAAAUAAAUGACAGCUAAAAGAUAGAAUUUAAAUUGA